AUGCCCAGAAAUGAUGAUUCUAAUAUGUCAGAAACACAGGCAGGGUUUCCGGGCAAGACGAUCAAGUACAUCACCAACCACGUCGGGCCUUCGCUGAAGCAGCAACCCAAUAUCAUUUUGCUAGCCGCAGGAACCAACGAUAUGAAUAACAAUACUAAUACAAUCGCUAAGGAGGGCAAUGACCCAAAAGCGCCGGCUAAGCGACUGGGAAACCUCAUCGAUAAAAUUACUGCGGAGUGUCCAGACGCUGUUGUUCUGGCGUCAGUCAUCAUCAACACAUGCGACAGCUCCACAAUGCACGACCAGCGAGAGCGCACCAAGCGGUACCAGAAGCUCAUUCCUGGUAUUGUUCAACAGCGGCGGCUGGAGGGUAAGCAUGUCGUGGCUGUUGACUUUUCUCGUUGGGAAGAGGCCGGAGAUAACCUCCUCCAAGACUGCGUGCAUCCAACUGAUGACGCCUACGACUUGAUGGGAGACUGGUGGUAUAGCUUUAUCACUCAGGUCGACGAAGCCUGGAUCCAAGAGCCACAGGGGAAGGACCCAGACCGGGACAGGAAGUGA